CAUUGCCCAUUGCCGGUGGAUCUCCACGGAUCAAACCCGGAUCCAGAUGGACCGGCCGCAGGGAUUCUAGAAAGACGCUGAAAGUCCCACUUCCUCCUUCCCAGCAGAAUUGGAAAAUCCCUUUCACAUCCACCGUGUAUUUUCCUCGCAAGAAUUCUCAGACGAGAACUAGGGCGGGAGAUUUUUCCUAAAUCUAGCCCUAGCCUCACCUUCCUACCGGACAGUCCCCGCCGUAACUGGCCAGCGUUUCGAGUGAUUCCGACCUCGAAAGAAACACCUGCUUUCUAUCGCUGAGUUCAUCGAGCCCUAGAUCGCAGGCGGGGAUAAAAUAUGUCAUCUUCCUCUGGACAGCCACAGUUCCGGUACACGCAGACCCCCUCCAAGGUGUUGCACCUUCGGAACCUUCCAUGGGAAUGCACGGAGGAGGAGCUCGUCGAACUCUGCAAGCCGUUUGGGAAGAUCGUCAACACCAAGUGCAACGUUGGUGCCAACCGCAACCAGGCUUUUGUUGAGUAUGCGGACCUUAACCAGGCCAUCUCAAUGGUUUCAUAUUAUGCUUCAUCCUCUGAGCCUGCUCAGGUUCGUGGUAAAACUGUGUAUAUACAGUAUUCAAAUAGGCAGGAGAUUGUAAACAAUAAGAGUACCGGAGAUGUUGCUGGGAAUGUCUUGCUUGUAACUAUUGAGGGUGUUGAAGCUGGGGAUGUCAGCAUAGAUGUUAUUCAUCUGGUCUUCUCUGCUUUUGGGUUUGUCCACAAGAUUGCUACAUUUGAGAAGGCAGCUGGUUUUCAGGCUUUAAUCCAGUUCACUGAUGCAGAGACUGCAUCAGCAGCCAGGAAUGCAUUAGAUGGGAGGAGUAUUCCUAGAUACUUACUCCCAGAGCAUGUUGCCUCAUGUCACUUGCGUAUUUCAUAUUCUGCUCACACAGAUUUGAAUAUCAAAUUUCAGUCACAUCGCAGCAGGGAUUACACGAACCCUUAUCUUCCUGUGAAUCCUUCUGCAAUCGAGGGUACUUUGCAGCCUACCGUUGGGGCUGAUGGCAAGAAAAAGGAACCUGAAAGUAAUGUACUUCUUGCUUCCAUUGAGAAUAUGCAAUAUGCUGUCACAGUUGAUGUUCUUCAUACUGUGUUCUCAGCAUUUGGUGCAGUUCAAAAAAUUGCAAUAUUUGAGAAGAAUGGUGGCAUGCAGGCUUUAAUUCAAUAUCCUGACGUGACAACUGCAGCAGUGGCUAAAGAAGCUUUAGAGGGGCACUGCAUCUAUGAUGGUGGCUAUUGUAAGCUUCAUCUGUCAUACUCUCGUCAUACUGAUCUCAAUGUAAAGGCACACAGUGAUAAGAGCAGGGAUUAUACCAUUACUGAUGCGGGUAUUCUUUCAGUGCCACAAAGUUCUGCUUCUGGUUGGCCUAGUGUUCUUCAACCUGCAUCAGUAGUCUAUAACAGUUCAGCCAUUUCUGAUGGUGGUUUAAGUGCUCAACCUAUGUGGGAUGCUAAUCAGCAAGGGAUUCGACCUGGUGUUUACAACCACCCCCAGGUUCCUGGUGCUUACAGUGGUCAAACAUAUGGGGCAUCCGCUGUACCCCCAUACUCCUUAUCCGGGACUAUUCCUUCCAGUUCAGCUGGUUUAAUUCAAGCUUCUCAGCAAAUGCCCCCGUAUGGCAUACAACCAGGUGCUCGUCAAGCAGCUGCUCCACCCUCAGCGGGGCAGCCACAUCUUUAUUUUUAGUUAGCUGAUGCUACCAUGAAUUCUUUUAAUUUGUUGCUAUUUUGUGCGUAAAAAGUGAAUUUGCCCGCCGCCACUUGUGUUUUUAGUAGUUAUUUGUGGUGGUUUUGUGUGUAACCUCUUACCCUGUUUUUUAAUUUUUUUUAAAAAAAAUUUUAAGUUCCCGCGA